AUGGUCGAUACAACCUCCACCGAUUCUUCAAGUUGGGAUUUCUCCCAGGUGCAUGACCUAUUGCGGUCGCCAACCUAUGGGGGUGCCUUGAGCCCGAUUUGCCACCCCGGAUCGACGACUCACUCGUUUCAAGACCAACAGCCCAAGACUCCUGACAACGAUGCUAGUGCCAAGCUCAAAACUCUGAGCACUCGAAGCAGCCACACCAAAUUAGGGGAUUUUGGCUCACUCUGGGAACUUUUGAAUCAUGGCCCCGCACCUGUUAGCCUAACGCCAGCUUUGGUCACAACAGUGCCCAAGCUGUCGGAUGAUGAACCAACGUCCUCCUACGCCUCAGCUUGCGAACCAAUCAAUCAGUCUGUUGACGAUGUCUCAUCGCCUCCCCGGCCAGUCGCUGUAUCUCCAAACAUUUCGACCGAUCCUGGCAUCACGGCUGUGAAGCGUUCCAAUGUUGCCAACCAUGCUUCCCACCCACCCACUCAAACACAACCAGUAUCGAUUUUGAAGAGAGCAGUGGAUGAAAACUGCUCGGGGAAAAACGUCAAUGUGAAAUUUGACUAUCCACGCACUCCAACCAAACAUGCCGCCACUACCGGAAGCUCAAGCGACACCCCCAAGGCCAAAUCCAAGCCGAAGAAGCAAUUCAAAGCCAAACCCUCAAACUCUGGCAAUGAACCAUUCUCUUCCGAAAGCAGUGCCGGAGUUGAUGAUUCGGACUCAAGUGCUGUUUUCGAUCGUCCUUUGCCCCAAAGGACUGGAGCUCUUUCGUUUGUUCCAGCCCAAAUUGGUACGCCUGAAGCUAAGACCAGCCGUUAUGACACCCCGCCAUCUUCGUUUGACGACCAAGAGUGGACUCUGAACACCGAGACUAUCAGAAACGGUAUUCGUGUUCGAUCUACCUUGUACAAGUCGUCGACGGAGCGCAGGGUCUCUUUGAUGACCAGACUCUUGAAGGAGUUCCCUGGCUAUGCCAAAAUUGUCUCCCAAGUGGGACAGGCUGUGCAAAGUCAGCCCAAGAAAACCCCCGCCUCGCAGCCGAUUCAUAUCUUUGUUGAUAUGUCCAACAUUAUGGUGGGAUUCCAUGAUUCGGUCAAAUCCUCGCGAAGCAUUCCCCAAUCAACCCGGAUCCGCCGCGUCCACAUGUCGUUCGCCAACCUGUCUCUAAUCAUGGAGCGAGGCCGUCAGGCCGCCAAGAGAGUCUUGGUGGGCUCGGAUCGCCUCCCUUCUAUUGAAGAAGCUGAAAUGCUGGGUUAUGAGACCAACAUCUUGGACCGUGUGCAAAAAGUGAAGCACACCACACCUCGUCGUAACAAAACUCGGAAGUAUCCAGCCUCCGACUCGCAGGGGGCAUCCAGUGGGCCUGAAACGGUCGCUGCCUCCGGUGAGCGCUGGGUCGAACAGGGUGUGGACGAAAUUCUGCACCUGAAGAUCCUUGAGAGCCUCGUGGAUACCGAUGAACCUGCCACCAUUGUCCUGGCGACCGGUGACGCCGCAGUUGCCGAGUUUUCUGGCGGAUUCAUGAGAAUGGUUGAGCGUGCGCUGCAGCGCGGCUGGACUGUCGAGCUUGUGAGCUUUGCGCAGGGAACUAGCUAUGCGUAUCGAAAGAAAGAGUUCCGGGCGCAGUGGGGAGAUCAAUUCCGCAUUGUCGAGCUGGAUCCUUACGUUGAGGAAUUGUUUGAAUAG